AUUGUAGGACCCCCCUAUAGGCAUUUGAAAAUUUCAGAUCCUAUAAAAGCAAGUGGCUAACAUCAUCUCGUUGCGGGUUUGAUAACCCGCCGUAUCUUUUUAUUUUAAGUAACUAUCAUACUGUAGAUAAAAUGAGCACUGCCAGUCAUGUGAGUAAGCUUUACCAAAUGGUGGUAGAUGAUGUCAUUGCAAAUGUCAAAGAUGCUUUCCUUGAUGACAGUGUUGAUGAGCAAGUGUUGUUGGAUUUAAAACAGCUUUGGUUAACAAAGUUGACUGCUUCUAAAGCCCUUGAUCCCCCACAGUCAGAGCUUGAACAGUUACAAAGUGCUCAACAGGAACAAGCCCAAGCCAGUCAGAUUCAACAGCCUCAACAAUUCCAGGUAGCUGGUGCUACAGGGGGAGCUGCAGCCAUAGCUAUGCCUGCUGGAAUUUUUCAACAAAAUUUAGCAACCCUUCGUCCAGAUGGACAUAUUCAGAAUCUUACAGUUCAACAAACAGGGAAUACACAGUUUAUUGCUUUGAAUAGCAUUCCAUCACAAUUGUUGACACAGUAUCAACCACAAGUGAUGCAGCAGAUGAUUCCUCAACAGCAACAAGCUAUUCGCUUAGCUCAGCAGCAGCAGCCUCAGCCGAUAAAGAUAACACAACAGUUGCAACAGCAGCAGUUACAACAGCAACAUUUACAGCAGCAGCAGUUGCAUCAACAGCAACUUCAACAGUUGCAACAACAGAAACUUCUGCAGCAGGGACAGCUCAUUCCAAAUUCAUUAACUAAAGCUCCAGGGGUUAUCCAGAUAGAUGGCCAUGGUGACACAAGCUCUUCUGAUGAUGAUGACGUAGACUUUGAUGAUGAUGACAAGGAUGAAGAAGAUAAAGAAGAAGAAAAUGAAGAGGAAGCAGAAGGUGACAAAGAGGAUCCCCUCAACUCAGAAGAUGAUGUCAGUGAAGAUGAUCCAACAGAAUUGUUUGACACAGAGAAUGUGGUGGUGUGUCAGUAUGACAAGAUCAACAGAAACAAAAACAAAUGGAAGUUUCACUUAAAAGACGGCAUCAUGAAUCUUUCAGGAAAAGAUUUUGUGUUCCAGAAGGCUAGUGGGGAUGCAGAGUGGUAGCAGUGUGCCAUAGCUUGUGUGUGGGUGUUAGUGUGUAUGAAUCCGUGUGUGGCUGUGACUACUGUGUAUAACUUUGGUACUUGUUAAAUUGUGCCUUUGUGACAUUGAGUGUGUUAAGAUCUGGCUGUGUCAUUGCCUGAAUGUUUAUUCCCAUGUAAAAUAACUUUGUUUUGUGUAUGCUUCAGGAAAAAUCUACAAUAAGUUUGUAUUAGUUGAUGCUUCAGGAAGAGCCUAGGAUAAUGUGUGAACAUUUGACAUUUAUCUCCUCAAUUUCUUUGAAAUAUUUUUUUUUAUCAUAAGUUGGUGACAAAUAUUGGUUGUAAUUCUUGUUUUGUAUUGUAGUAUUGUAAUACUUCAUAUGUAUUAUAGGUAUAUCUUGCAUUAAAUUUAUUAUUUUUAUGUUGUUGUUUUCUAGGGCCUUGCACUCAUUGGUUUGAUUGCAUUUUGUUUUUGCUAGUUGGAAAUCAGUGGCUUAUUUCUAUGAAAGAUCCUACUAACUCUACAGGUGCUUGGUUUCUCAAGUUUUUUUUCCCCCUUUUCUUGAUAGAUCUUUGGUUUGUGUAAACAUUCCUCCUCUUCAAUUUUUUUUUUCUCUAAAUUAUUUUGUAAUUUCCUUGUUUAGGGAGCUCUCCAUUUUCUGUUUGUAAAUGGGUGUUAGCAAGAAGUUAUUUGUUACAGAGAUGUUUGAUGAUCAGAUCAGGGACCCCCAAAGAGAUUUUUUUUUUUUUUUUUUUUUUUUACUUUGACUCAAGGGAAAAAACUGUGUAAAUAUGAUAUGGAUUGUUGAAUUAAAGAUCACCUGGUAAUGUGUUACAUAAUAAAAACUAUGGAUGUGUUAGUAAACAUGUAUUAUAUUGUUACAGUCACUGCACAAUCAACUACAUCAGGUGACAUUACUAUUUUGCAUCAGGUUGUAAUCCAAGUUUACAAACUUUUAUUUAGCUGCAAUGCAUCAGACUUCAGUUUAGUUUGACAUUGUUAUUUGGUUGAAUCUUACUUUCUGUCAAUGCUUCUGCAAGAAUGACUAAGAGAAUUGUGUAGUGACUGGUUGCAUAGGGUAAAUUGUUAUUACACUAACUUGUCAUAUCCCUAUAACAACAUAACCUUUGACCUAAAUCAAGUGAUUUUGUUUCCUCAUUGUGCUACAGUUAUGUAAUAAUCUUAAGCAUUGGUACUCUCUGUCCAUUGCUCAAGUCACCAUUGAACAAGUCAUAUAUAUAUAUCUCCUUGUGUCUAGAUGGUGACAGGCCUCUUGGGUCUCACAUGGUGAAUUGAAAGACAUCACUAGUCAUUGGCCAUGCCCAAGUUAAUGGAGCCCUGUGAGUUGUCCCUCUUUAACUGUAGUUAACUGUUCUCACUGUAUUCUAAUGGUUCUGAUGUAUGGGCUGUUUAUCUGUGUUAUGUUGAUUGCAAAGACAUUGCUUGGAAUUGAUUGUUUCCCUUUAUUUGUCAAUUGUUUCCCUUUCUGUGAUGUGAUUAGAACUAACAUAAAUCAUUCCACUAUCUCUGAUGUUUCUUCACUCUUUGGCCAGUAGUAGUUUCUAUCUAGAUGUGCACAUCCUAGAAUCUAGUUUCUGUUACUCAAUUUCUUUUUUUCUCCUCAAUUCAUUCUGGAUAAUUUAAGAUACAGCCUGAGUUGUGUCCCCCUGUGGUCACAUCUAAAACUCCCCAUCUUUAUUUUUUAAAUGACAAAAAGUCAGGAAGACUGUCUGGUCUCAGGAAUCUUUUCCUGUCUCCAAUCUACUGAGCUAAAGCACCAGUGAUUAUUUAUUGGCUGAACUGUGUACAUGUGUGUGUGUGGAUUUGGACUGCUGCUUUGUGGAAAGGUUUUGUUUUUGUUUUUUAAAGUCAAAACUAAAUAUAAAUAAAUGAUUAUUUCAUUCAUA